CCCGCAACCAACCGAGGAGUCCGGAUCUCAAGGGAAGGAAGACACCCGACCAGAAAUAAGCAACUUUACCUAUGUGUAACAAUUUUUAGAGCUUCUUUCUUCUUCUUCCACCUUUUACUCUCUCUAUCAUCUUUCCUCCAUGUUCGCUCUGCCACUUAUUUUUGGUGUCUUUUCUCUUUGAAGUAUUUCAGUAAUAUCCGUUUGGUCCGCAUGUGCUAGUUCUUAACUAGUUUUCCGCUAUUUAGGUACGGGAAUGCGACCAUGUCGAAAUACAAGGAUAAAGAGAGUGGGACGACGAUAGCCUCUCUAAAUGCGAAAUGGAUUUCAUGGGCUCAUACCACUGUCGCAUAUACCGCUUUCCUGAGUGCCCUGUCUGUGGGCAUCUACCUUCAUUACCACAAGAUUGUCCAGAACGAAUUCUACGGUUAUCCUGACGAAUGGUUUCCUUCUGUCUCUGCUACUAUCGGUGACCGAUACCCGGAGCGCUCGUUUUUCCAGCUUUUCAUAGCUAUAACCUCAGGUCCUAGAUUUGCUCUCGUCGCACUAUGGUAUCUUCUUACAGCGAAGCCUGGAAAGGCUCUCCCCAAAUUUGUCGCUGGCGUGGGCCUCUUCAGGACCCUCACAUGCGGGGGUUGGACGUUUAUCACUUCGACCGACGAUCAUGACUGGCAUGAUAUCCUUAUGAUUUCCUACCUCGUGGCCACGAUUCCCUGGACGGCUGGCUGUAUUGCGUUAAGUUUACCCAACCCGAAAGCAAUUAAAUAUCGAAAAUAUCUCGCUACUGCGUUUUUCGGCACAAUCCCUUUUAUGGUAUAUUUCUUCAUUCAACAUAAGAUUCAUCGAAUAGCAGGAGCUUACACUACUUAUUCCUUCUUCGAAUGGUCUCUUAUCCUAUUUGACGUCGCCUUUGAUGCUGUUACUGCGCUCGACUUCGAAAAUUUUGAGAUUGUGAUUAGGGAUGUAAAAGGUUUGGGUAAGGGAACUAAUAUGUCGUCUAAGUCGACCGCCGUCACCGAGAAGGAAAAACAGAAGAUUACAGCCGGUAUAUUCGACGUCAAGUUUUCCUGGGCCGAAAUCUUCGAUACGGCUGCUGAGGUCUAUCAUGGCUUCGUCUUUUGGUCGAUGCUUACCAGCUUGGGCGUAGUCAUUUGGUAUUUUCCGCUUUGGCAUAUGGGUAUUUCGGGCUACGAAGCUUUUGUCAUGUCGACGAUCUCACCCAUGUUUCUUGGCAUUAAACCGAUCCGCUCAUUGGUUAUCCACAAUCUGCGCGUGUGCCAUUUCCUAUCGCUUGCUGGGCUUCUUGCCUGGCAGGUCAAAGACCCGGCUUACAGACUUUUUACUGUAGGCUUCGGUGUUGCUAUGUCAUGCUUGUCAUGGGCUGGCACUUUAUAUUCCGAGUCAAUUCAUGAAGCCAGGCUCGAGUCGAAAAUACUGGCCUGGAUCGUUGGUCUGGUAAUGUCCUCGACAGCGAAGUUUGCUUGGCAAACUAACAACCCAAUAUGGCCAAUUAUGCACGCCGCCAACGGUGGCUAUAACGAAAUUGGAUUAGCGUUGGCAGUUCUGGCAGCUCUGAGGUUUACCCGGAAAGCACCCUUAAAUACAGGAGCGGCCGCAGAUGAGAACCUGGGUGGCUCAUCGUUUUUAGCUGCUCUAGGUAUUGGCGGCGUAUUCUUUGGUCUGCACUCUCUCCUUUCUGAUACGAGUACUAUGAUUCUAUGGGUAUGGGAGGGUUACCCAGUACGAGGCCCUCUUGCCGCUCCCCACGGCUGGUUCACAGUGGCGGCGAUGACGGCUGGAUUAUUGACGGGAGUUCGAUAUCCUAAACUUGUCAGUACUUGGUCGGUCUACGGCGUUGGGUCCGUUGGGGCUGCUAUCCUCACUCUCUACCAUAACUGGUUUGGCUACCUUGGUGCUCUUACUAGUGCCUUCUAUUUAACAGCCAUUUCAUUUCCCCUUAUUACCGUGGCGUCCAAGAAGAGUCCAGCGACAACUUUUGGUCUUGGGUUCUUCAUAUACAACUUCAUGGUACUGUUUCACGUCUGGGUGGUUGCCUACGCUUUCGUUCCUGGCGGGCCUCUUGUUCGUGAGCAUACGGAUUGGAUCAUGACGACUAUGAUGGUACUUAUCGGUGCCGGCGUUUUCAACCUGACGUCGGUGAAUUCGCGUCGUGGCGAGACCCGUGCGCGACCAUCUCGGUCACAACAUCGCAAAUAUCACACUUUGGCGCUAGGCACCAUCAACCUCUUCUUCAUCGCCGCCGCACUCCGGCGCUUCCCUACAAACGAUUAUAAACCUUACCACGAAGAUUCGAGGGUCAUCACAGCUGGUAUCUGGACCAUUCACUUCUCUCUCGACAAUGAUAUGUGGUCUUCUGAGUACCGGAUGCGUGAUCUUAUUAAAGAGCUUGAAAUUGAUGUUGUCGGGCUGUUGGAGACAGAUUUGCAACGCAUCAUCAUGGGUAACAGGGAUACAACCCAAUUCCUCGCCGAAGACUUGGGUAUGUACGUCGACUACGGCCCCGGACCGAAUAAACACACCUGGGGUGCGGCGCUCUUGUCCAAGUUCCCGAUCGUGAACUCGACGCAUCAUCUACUCCCAUCGCCAGUGGGCGAACUUGCCCCGGCUAUCCACGCGACACUUGACGCUUAUGGUGAAUUAGUAGAUGUCUUUGUUUUCCAUUCCGGACAGGAAGAAGACCCCGAAGAUCGUCGCCUACAAUCCGAAUACCUUGCCAAGUUGAUGGGCUCUUCAUCGAGACCGUCGAUACUACUCUCCUACCUAGUCACCAAACCCCUCCAAGGGAACUAUAACACUUAUGUUUCUGAGAUUUCGGGCAUGCAUGAUGUAGACCCGAGAGAUUGGGACCGGUGGUGCGAGUACAUCUUGUAUAAGCGUCUACAGAGGGUGGGCUAUGCAAGAGUGUCUCGAAGUACCAUCACAGACACCGAAUUGCAAGUGGCAAAAUUUGUCGUCCCGAAGAGCGGGGAGGAAAAAGCACAGAUUGCGGCGAUAGAAAGCAACGCAGACCUGAGGAAUCGCAAGGUCAACGAGCAGGAAGUCCCAGAGGGUUGGAGAUUUCCUGCUCUGUUUAGGGGUAACGGCGUCAGGGGGCAUCGAUAUCACGUUUUCAACGAGCCCUGGUAUUAUAAGCCAUCAUAAACGGAUGAAUGGCGACAAGCAAGGGUCACGAGACAAGGAAACGCGAAUACGUGUUUAUGUGUAAGGAUAAAACGGUGGUGUAUCAACAGGAAACGUUAGUCACUGGGGUUUAAUUGUUAAUUCUUGUACGUCUACAUGUAGACUUGGGACGGCUCAUCUUAAAGAUGAGAUUUUAAUAAGUUGGUCGAAAGCCACUUCUUCAUGAUCCGCGGUUACAGUAUCUACCUAGUCCGGUUGGAGACUAGGGAAAAGGAAUAAAGUUAUUUACGUUAGACUAAUCCUUAACCUUGGAAGGUUAUGUCCAUCUGACUUGUAGCUAACCGCCCUGUUUAGAUUUAACAUCUUUUUAAGCAGUGUUAAAGACAUCGUUUUAUGGGAUAUCGGCAUUACUUGCAGCAGAUCGCGGACGAUUCCCGCCGUCUCGCCCGGUUC